AUGGCGGAGGAUCAGGUCUGGCGUGGGGUGGGAUGGGGAAUGGAGGGAGUGCGACACAGGGAGAAUCAGCAGAGACAUCCGGGAGGACGGGUGGACGAGGAAAUAGAGAGUGCGGCGAGUGCGCUCCCUAUGCAGAGGCAUCAUCCACGAGCGGCGAAGAAUCCUACUGCGGUGCAUGCAGAGGAACUAGAGGAUGGUGAAUGGGUGGCUGUGGAGACAGAACUGGCGGGACUGGAGAAUGCGGGGCCCCAGGUUUUCGAGGAGACGGAGCGAGGGUUUGAGGAGGCUGGCGACCGCAUCGCAGCUGGCGGCAGGGUGCGUACCACAGCAGAGCUAAUGCGGCGUUUGACGUUGGUGGCAAGGUCCGUGGCCAGGACUUCGUCGAAGCAACGUGUUCGUUUCAGCGACUGCAUGGCAGAGAUUCGCGAGUUUGGGUUGUAG